CCAUAAACCACGGUGGGGUGUAGACGUGUGUGCCUCUAUCGCUGCCUGACAUACUGGGACCAUCUCUUCUCGCUCUCUCUCUCUCUUUCUCUCUCUCUCUCUCUCGCCUCUGAGAUUUGGAUACGAAUUGAGAUAAAGUAGUGGAAAAGUUCAAAAUAAAAAAAGAAAACGAAAAAGGAAAAAAAAUAAUCAGUGAAGUGAAAUAAAACUGAUAAAAAUAAAGAAAAAGAAGAAAAAUAUAAACAAAAUAAGAAAAAAAAAACAAGAAAAUAAAACAAAAAAGAAAAACAACAAACAUCGAAUUCUUAGUGAUUAAUUUGCUCCCUGUUUGUUUGUGUUUGUGUGGCUUGCUACUCUGUGCGUGCGCGCGUGUGUUUGUGCGUGCGUGGGUGUGUGCGUGUGUUGAAGUGAGUUGACAAUGAAGGUCCUUUACUUCUACUGAAAGGACGAGGUCAGCAUGGGUCGUCCCCGGAGCAAGAGGUCAGGUCAUCUCCACGGAAACUCAACUGACCUCCCUCUUGACCCUGCUGGAGGCGCUGCUGGUGGCGAUGGUGGUGGCGCUGGUGGUGAUGGUGGUGCAGGUGGUGGUGGUGCCCUUCGUCUUCCCCCAGUCACUCUCCUAAUGACUUCAGAGGAAGCGAAGGUUGGGUCGUGGGCGGAGGUGAGUUUUGCAGGUGGCGAGGUGGUGGAGCGCCGUCAGGAGGGUGAGGUCACUAGUGGCAGCAGUGUUACUGUGACGCCCUUUGACAAUGAGGUCAGGUCACCGUACAGGCUGACCCCGCCCGCCGCCUCUGAGGUCACGAGGCGCGUCCUUGCAGGAGUGAGAGGAGCGGAAGAGUCCUCGCCGCCCUCCAGCACUCGUAAUUACGCCCUUCAGGAGGAGGGACGCACAGGACGCCAGGAGCACCACGCCCACGAGCACCCUGACGAGGACCUACUUGUACCCUCCUCCUCCUCUUCACCUGCCGCCCCUACCACCGCCGCCCUUGCCGCCACUCGCUACCUCACCACCACCACCACCACCACCACCACCACCACCACCACCACUGCCCCUGAACCACGGAGAGGCCAGCCCGCCACGCACCUCCCGCCAGACACCCCGCAGCUGCAGGAGGCGCCGCGGAUCCUCAUUCCUGAAGGCGAGGAUGAGGGAGGCGUCACCACACCCACCACACCCACCACUACUACCACAGUGAGCGACUCAAGCCCGCUACCACGUGUUACGACCACCGCUACCAUCACCACUACCGCCACCAGCAGGAGUAAAGGCAGACGUCCUUCGAAAGAGGCGAGGAGGAAAGCAGCACGCACGCAGAGGUCCGCCCCGUCCAGCAAGCGCCUUCAGCAGCCAGACCCCGCCCCCGACUUCUCCUCCGCCUUCCCCGUGUGCUCCACCAACCCCUGUGGCGAGGAGCCCUCCUGCCACCCCACCACCUCCGUCGACCGGGGAUACCUCUGCUUCUGUGACGACGGCUCGGUGGUGGAGCCCCACAUGUCCUGCCGCCGCGGUGAAGAGCUGCCGGAUCACCCAGGCCCGAUACCCAUCAACAGUCCCAAAGAGUUCCGGCCGCUGUAUUCCGUGUGGGUGGUGGGCGUGGCCUCGUUACUGGUGGUGAUGCUGGUGAUGGUGGCUUUCUGGAGGAGGAAGAGUCUGUGUGCGUGGAUCAGAAACAGACACAGAGAGAAGAAGCCAGGACAGCCACCACGGGACUCCAUACCGAAGCAUAACUCUCUCGUGCCCUACAACUUCAUUAGCAACCCGAACUACUACACCCAGGGGCCGGACACCCAGCCCGUCCACAGCCUGCCAGUCCACCUCAUCCACCCGGAGCAGAUAGCGUUCCUGGGGGAGGUCGGCGAGGGCUGCUUCGGGAAGGUGUACAAAGGCACAUACAAUCCAUGCUGCCCUGAGACGGAAGAAGUAGACGGAGGAGGAGGAGAAGGAGGAGGAGGAGGAGGAGGAGGAGGAGAAGAGGAGGGAGGAAGGAAGACGGUGGCAGUGAAGGUGAUCAAGGAAAGUGUGAGUGCAAGGGGAGAGGAAGAUUUCAUGAGAGAAGUGGAGAUCAUGGCAGCUUUUUCUCACCCUAACAUCCUCACUCUCAUUGGAAUUGUGGCUAAAGGUAGCGGCGGAACCCCAUGGAUGGUAUUUGAAUAUAUGCCUUAUGGAGACCUGGCGGAGUUACUAAGGUCGUGUGGUCCAAACUUCUACUCCAACCACACCCCUAUGAUAUCUCUCUCCAAGAGUGACCUGCUCCACAUCAGCGUGCAGAUCGCCUCUGGGAUGGAGUAUUUGUCCUCUCAACACUUCGUCCACCGCGACCUGGCGUGUAGGAACUGCCUGGUGGGGGAGGACCUCACCGUCAAGAUAUCAGACUUCGGCAUGUCCAGGGACGUGUACACCUGCGAUUACUAUAAGGUCGGAGGGUCCCGCAUGCUGCCAGUGAGGUGGAUGGCGCCAGAGAGCAUCAUGUAUGGGAAAUUCACGCUGGAGAGUGACGUUUGGUCCUUUGGCGUGGUGCUGUGGGAGAUCUACUCGUUCGGAAAGCAACCUUACUAUGGCAACUCCAACGAAAAUGUGGUGAAGCUAAUUUUCCAGGGCAUCUUACUGAGCCCUCCAGACACGUGCCCUCCGCAAGUGUGUGACGUGAUGCGGCGAUGCUGGGCGACUGAUCCCGUAGACCGCUUGAAGUUCCGUGAGAUUCUGGCCCACCUGAAGGGAAUAGGAGGGGAGGGCAAGUGUCUCACCCCUCAGGACCUCCCACACCCCUCCGUGUCCCCCAGCGGCGCACCCGUCACCUACAGUCAGCUGUGUCUGCAGGAGGAGGCUGGACACUUAGACCAGGAUUUGUACCUCGUCCCGCGGCGAGUGGAAACCAGAGAGUACUUGACGGUGCUCAGUGUGUGACCUUGGGGCCUCCUGGGUGUUUCUGGGGUGAGAAUGGGGUGUGUUGGGGUGGGAUGGGGAGGGUUACAUGUGUCCUGGGGUGUUUUUUGGGGUGACAUGUAUUCUAGUGUGUAUUUCGGUGUUUUUUUGGGGAGAAUGGGGUGAGAAUGGGCAUUUUUAGGAGUUUCUAGGGGGUGACAUGUAUUCUAGGGUGUAUUUUGGGGUGAUUUGUGCUGUGGGGUGAUUUUGGGAUGUUCCGAGAUUAGUAAUGGGUGUUUUAGAGUGUUUUUGGGAUGACAUGUAUAUUAGGGUAUUUUUUGAGUGUUUUGGGGUGAGAAUGGGGUGAUAUAGUAUGAUUUUGGGGUGACUUGGGUGUUCUAGCGUUUUUGGGGUGACAUUUGAUUUAGGGGUGUUCUGGGGUGAUUCAGUGUGUUUUUUGGGCGUGUUCUAACAUUUUCGAGUAUUUUGGAGUUAUUUUGUGUGUUCUCGUGUGUUCUGGGGUGUUCAGGUGUGUUCUGGGGUGUUCAGAUGUGUUCUGGGGUGUUCUGUAGUGUUCUGGGGUGUUCUGGGGUGUCCUGGUAUGUUCUGGUGUGUUCUGGGGUGUUCUGGUGUGACCUGGGGUGAUCUGAUGACCUAAGUUGACCCAAGUUGACCACGUGACCUGACCAUCGCUUUCACCCCUCCUCUCUCUCUCUCUCUCUCUCU